AGCGGCCCAUCCGAGCGACCCUUUCGAAGCAGGCGCCGCCAUGCCCUGGGCCCGCCAAGCGAGGGGCUCCGCCGCCGACGCCAUGGGCGCGGAGGGCGCGGCGGAGGGCGAGGAGGCGGUCUUUGAUGGCGCGGACGUCCCGGUCGGCGAGGAGGAGGUCCCUGACGACGGCCUCGACGAGGGCAUCGACGAGGCCCCAGCCGAAGUCGCGGAGGGCGACGCGGAGGCGGACGGCGGUUUGAACGAUGAGCUCGACGAGGUGGGGGUGCAGGAGCACCUGAAGGACUCCGUCGAGGGCUCUCUGCGGCUCAAGCGGCUGCUGAGUCGCGACGACGUGGACGACGGCAAGAGGCAGAAGAUAGAUGACAUCGACCACCUGGACCCGGUUGCCAAGACGAAGAUUAGGCAGCUCCUGACCAGGUGGGGAGCCAUGCAGGACGUCACGAUGAAGCACGUGCUCGAGCAGCUCUCCCUCGAGGAGCUCAACCACCUGUUCACGAGCGGCUUCGUGCCGCCCCAGAACGACAACCGCAAGAGCCCGGCGGAGCUCACCUCGCAGCACUGCAAGCAGCUCACCGAGCGGAAGCUGGGGGUGGGCACGAAGGUAGACGUGAUCACGACCUUCAAGGCCAGGUGGAAGCUCGACGCGGCGGCCGUCAAGCAGCUCCAGGGCCUGACCCACAAGGACCUGAGGUUUGUGUUAGAGCGGUACGACGGGACCGUGCCGCUGGAGGACCUCAUGAUCGCGGCCACGGCCGAGAUGCCCGAAGAAGACACCACGUUCGGAGCGAUGCCCAACGGGCCUGGCCUGAAGACAAUGGGAAGAUUCAACAGGCUGGAGCUCAUCGACCCACUCGCCGAUUCCGCCGUGUUCGGAGAUGCCAACCUGACUUUCUCGCUGCUCCUGGCGGCGCACCGCAAGGAUCUGGGACAUGUGGGCCGCGUCAUCGCCACCACCUUCGAGGAGCUCGAGACUCUGCGGGAGCGGUACAAGGAGAUCGACCAGAGCAUCCAGACCCUGGAGGAGCACCACGCAGAGGUCUACCACGGGGUGGACUGCACGCGCAUCGCCAUCGACCCCCGCUUCGAGGGCAUGGCGGGCAGCCUGGGCGCUGUCUACUACAAUUUUCCACACUCUGGGGCGAUCCAAGGGUUCUUCGACGGUCACCCCAUGGUGAAUUGGCGGCAUGAGAAUUUGAUGCGGCUCUUCUUCCGAGCGCUGCGCUCGUUCGUGAAGCCGGGCGGCACUGUGAAGGUCUCCUCCAACGCGGGGGCAGUCGGCGUCCGGUACUCCUACAUCAUCGGCGGUGCGCUCGAGAACGAGUUCCUGCACGUGGAGACCAUGCCAUUCUUGGAGUGGCACCUCCACAGGUACGGCCGCUCCUACGGGGACCGCCGGGACAUCUACAAGCGCCCCGACGCCAAGAACAACCAGAGCUACAACGCGCAGAACGCACACACCGACAUGGUUUACUGCUUCGCGUACGCGCCCUCUGGCGAAGAUAUCGGAAAGCAGAAGGUCCGGUUGCCGCCAACGCUGAACACGCUCAGAAAUUGCAUCGACGGCCCGUUCUGGGGGAAGACGGGGGCUGCCAAGGCCAGCCUCGCGAAGCAGCUCCACGACCGCUUCGUCAAGGAGGUCACCGGGACCCACGUGGGCUGAGCCGAUGUGCCCGGGCCCGCCUCGGGCAUGCCAGCAGCCGGACGUUGCUGGCCGUACACCCAACGCCACAUUGGAGCGGCCUCUGCGGGGGCGUGCCCGGCCAGGAGCGGCGUGGGCUUAUAGCUGGCGUCCUACCCCGACGACCCACCCCCCACCGGCGCGAGCAAGGGCGCUCGGAGCCGGCCGGCGCCGCCUGCCCGCUCUUAUUAAUGACCGCGAGGAACACGAGCAUCGCCAUCGCGAUCGUGAUCUCUUGUCAUGCGCUGGG